AUGGUUAUUCUGAAAACCUUCAAAUCCUCACUGUGUAUUGUUUCUGUUUUUCUGUUCGUCUUCUUCAUUGUUCUCAACGAUAAUUUAUUAAGCAAAAACUAUUCAAACAGUUUGAAAAAUAUGCUUCAACUAGGAGCAUCAGAACGCAAUGUGGAUGAUUUGUUUCCUAUUAAAUUUUACCAUAUUGCAUUUGUAGACUACAGAACCAACACCCCACGUCUCCGAAUUUUUUCAAUUAGUGGUUGUCUUGGAAACAGUAAAUAUUUGAAUGUAGAUAUUUAUCAGAAAGGAGUGAGGACACCCACCCGAAUGAAAGUAUAUGGACGUCCCCUGGAAGGACAUUGUCCAUCUGCUUAUUGGCUGGCAACACCAUGUUUUUUCUCCGCACACACUUUUGAAGCAAAUCUGUCUGUAACUGGUGGAUUGACAAAAGUGGUGAUUGAACUGGGACUCCGACAAGUUGAGCUAUCAGUUCAAGAAAUACAUAAUCCUGUUCAAAUAGGAAUCACAAUGUGUGUUCAACCAGUGUAUUACUAUACUCAAUGGCAGAAUAUUGUACUGUAUAUUGAAGCAUGGAGAGCCCAAGGAGCAACUCGUUUCAUCGUUUUCUAUCAUUCAUCUACAAAAGAUACACGAAAAGUUCUUGAUUACUAUGAGGAUUUGGGUAUUAUUGAAUUAAGACCUUGGCCAAGUUUCGGAAAUCUUCCGAAUGAUAUAGCAGAAAAAUAUCCAAACAUUGAUAAUAGCGCAUAUAUAUUCGCUUAUUUUCUUGCUUUAAAUAUAUGCAUUCUUGAAGUCAAAACAACAAUAGGAGCAGUCAUCGACUUUGAUGAAAUUGCGGUACCUCGAAACGGGACGACGUUAGAUUAUGCAACAAAAGAAAUGACUGGGACUAAUGUUGGGGCUCUUAUUUUUGAGAACAACUAUGUUUCUAUGAAUCCAAGUAUUUAUACUUCUGAUUUCUCAGGAGUUUCUUCGCCUACGUUUUAUUCUAAAAUCGGUCCACAGAAAUUUAUCUUCAAUGCAUCAGUGAUUGAGUUGUGUCAAGUUCAUCAUGUUGAAAGUUUCAUAGACAAAUCAAAGAUCAGUAAAAGAUCAGGUGGAGCACUUCUUCAUUUAAGAUUCAACGUCCAAACCAUCUUCGGUAUCACUCCACCAUCUGGGUCUUUCAAAUAUUUAGAUAUUUCUAAUCAGUGUGAUGUGAGAGUAUCAACUAACCCACCACGUCUCCGAAUUUUUUCUUUGAAUGGAUGCCUUGGAAACAAUAAGUUUCUUAAUGUUGAUUUAUAUUACAAAGAUAAAAUAUCUCCAACAAGAAUGAAAAUUUACGGAAUCACACUAGAGGAAAACUGUCCAGCUGAUUGGGCACCUACAAAAUUAUGCUUCUAUUCUCCACACACUUUUGUAUCAAAUCUAUUAGUGACAGAAGGAUUGACGAAGGUUGUGAUUGAACUGGGACUCCGGAAAGUUGAUCUAUUGAUCCGAGAAAUACAUAAACCUGUUCAACAUGGACUCACAAUGUGUGUUCAACCAGUCUAUUACUAUACUCAAUGGCAGAAUAUUGUGUUGUAUAUCGAAGCAUGGAGAGCUCAAGGAGCAACUCGUUUCAUUGUUUUCUAUCAUUCAUCUACAAAAGAUACACGAAAACUUCUUGAUUACUAUCAGAAAUUGGGUGUUAUUGAAUUAAGAUCCUGGCCAAGUUUCGGAAAUCUUCAUAAAGAUAUUGUGGAUAAGAAGCCAAACAUUGAUAACAAUACCUUCCUGUUUUCGUAUUUCCUGGCGUUGAACAUAUGCGUUCUCGACAUCAAAACAACAUUUGGAACAGUUGCUGAUUUCGACGAAGUUAUAGUUCCCAUAAAUGGUACAAUGUUGGAUUACGCAACAAAAGAAAUGACUGGAACUGAUGUUGGAGCUCUUUUGUUUGAAUCUAACUACGUUGCGAUGAAUCCAAGUAUUUAUACUUCUGACUUUUCUGGAGUAUCAUCUCCAAGUUUUUAUAGGAAAGGUCUAAAUAAAAUUCAAACAAUUUUUGGAAGUUCUCCUCCACCAGUUCCUAUGGAGUCUUUGAAUGUUUUUGUUGAGUGUGGACUAAGACAGUUUAAACAAGGCAUAUGUCACGGUGCUAGCUGCAAACCAGAAAUGGAUGCAGUCCACGAAUGGGUUUAUGAUAAAACGGAAGGAUUAUUUUUGGCAGGAGAAUACUAA